AGCGGCAAAUCUCCUUAUCUCCCUGGUAACUUGUGCUGACAGCCAGGGCUGUUUCACGGAAGCUGAGAGAGUUGAAAGAAACUUUGCUGGCAUUCAGUCUGUCGCCAUGUGGGUGAAAUCGUGAGAAGCAUCUGCAGGCUUGAAUGUUGUGGCUGGUUCCUCAAUCCUGCUUUGCUAGCUGUGGGAGUUGAACAGGGGUUAGAUCAGACCUUCUCAACUCGGGAUCUUGUAAAACUGGUGCGAUGAUGCCGGGCCUGCGCAGCCUCAGUGGAAGUAGCUUUGUCUGGCGAUGGGCUCGCUUUUGAAACUGCCUUUAGAAAUGCGCUGAAAUGCAGAGAUGAAGAGAGAAGCAAACCUGUAGGCAAGAACUUGUGGAGCUGGGAAUUCAAGAUGUCGCACACGGUGACCUUCACCUUUCCAAGCCCUGAGAAUAAGGAGGCUGUCAGCCAGGACACAAGUCCUUAUGAUGAGGGUGCUGUGCAUGAUUCCUUCCACCAGCUAAUUGAGGAGCAGAGCUGGCUGGCUGAACAGGAGCUGGUGGAGAUGCAGGAUCUCCCUUCCAGAGGUACAGAAAAUCUGGCCUAUAUGGCUUCUCCUCCCCGCCGGACUGAGGCUGAGGAGGCACCAGAUCAGAAGGUGGAAAACUAUGACUUCUCUUCGGCCACACUGCGCAUCCUUGCCAGCAUGCCCAGCCGUACUAUUGGCCGCAGCAGAGGAGCCAUCCUCUCCCAGUAUUAUAAUCGUACCGCCAAACUACGCCGUAGGAGCAGCCGCGCUCCACUUCAGGAAAUCUCCCGCUCUGCACGGCCUAGCUUCCGGCAGCUGGAUCUCGAGCUGGAUUCCAGUCAUGAGGAAGAGGAUACCAAGCGUAGCUUGUUGGUGAAAGAACUCCAGAACCUGCCAGCGACUCAGCGCAUUAACAUGCUGAAAGCAAUGCCGCUAAGCCUGGCCGAGAAGCGCAGUCUCAGGCAGGAUUCAAGUGGUCACUCGGGCACCUUGAGGAAACCAAAGACAACAGCUCCUUUGUCAUGUUGUAGCCGGCUUAAAUACCACAUCAUCAUAGGGUUGCGGAAUCUCUGGUACAGUCUGCUGUCCCGCCUUCACACUCUCCAGCCUUGGCAUUAUUCCCUUAAGCAGAUCAGUGGUCGCUUUGGAUCCAGCAUCCUCUCCUAUUUCCUAUUCCUCAAGACUUUGCUCAUGUUCAACCUCUUCUUUUUCCUGAUCCUGCUGGUCUUUGUGGUUGCCGUGCAGGCAGCGUACCCUUCUGCCACACCCAACAACGAAGCCUUCACAGGGCUUGAGCUCUUUACAGGAGCGGGCUACUUCAGUCAUACACUGAUGUAUUAUGGCUACUACAGUAACUUCACGUUGAAUGACCCUUGCGCCACCAACUCUAACAGCUUACAUUGCAGGCAGUCCGGGCACGUCAAAAUGCCGUACAACAUGCCACUGGCUUAUGUGUUUGUCACUGGGGUCUCCUUCUUUGUGACCUGCAUUCUACUGGUGUACAGUAUGUCACGCUCUUUUGGGGAAAGCUACCGUGUGGGCAGCGCUUCAGGUGACCUGGCAAUUAAAGUCUUCUGUGCCUGGGACUACAAGGUGAUCCAGAAACGCUCAGUCCGACUUCAGAGCGAAAACAUCUGUACUCAACUGAAGGAAUGUCUGGCUGAGCGUUCAUCCAGAUCACACCCCUUAAGUCUGUGUAAGAGACUGCAGAAGCUGGCAGUCCUGCUGAUGGCUUGGACUCUGUCCCUGGGCACUGUCCUGGGCUGCGUCGUUGGCGUAUACUACUUCUCUGAGUACAUUCACCAGGUUCACCAUGAGAAACUCUUGACGAGCAGCAAUACUGGGAAAGAAGCCCUGCUCCUGGCCCUGCCUCUGCUGGUGUCUCUGAUCAACUUGCUCAUGCCCUACAUGUAUAACCUCCUGGCUGUUUGGGAGAAGCAGGAGUCUCCAGUCCUGGAGGUGUAUGUCGCCAUCUGCAGGAACCUAAUUCUGAAGAUGGUUAUCUUAGGCCUGCUGUGUUACCACUGGCUGAGUCGGAAAGUGACAUCUUCAAAGAUUCAGUGCUGGGAGACCUUUGUGGGGCAGGAGCUAUACCGCUUGGUGGUGAUGGAUUUCAUUUUCAACCUCUUGGACACCUUCUUUGGAGAGCUGAUGUGGAGGGUGAUUUUGGAAAAGAAGCUACAGAGUAAACGGAGACCUGAGUUUGACAUUGCUAGAAACGUGCUGGAACUGAUUUAUGGACAGACUCUGACCUGGCUGGGGGUCUUCUUUGCCCCGCUCCUCCCUGUUGUCCAAAUCUUCAAGUUGCUGCUCUUGUUCUACAUUAAGAAGACCAGCUUGAUGAGAAAUUGCCAGUCUCCCAGUAAACCCUGGCGUGCAUCUCACAUGAGCACCAUCUUCAUCACCUUGCUGUGCUUCCCUUCAUUCCUGGGUGCCUCCGUUUUCCUCUCCUACACCAUCUGGGCAGUGAAACCAUCAGAGACAUGUGGUCCCUUUCGAACCCGUGAGACGGUCUAUGACUCUGGGAAGAUGUGGAUUGUAGAGCUGGAGGAUUCCAACCCAAACCUUUCCUGGUUUACCUGGAUCCACCAGCACCUGAUCCAAAAUUCCUUCUUCCUGUUUUUAAUCUCUGGAAUUUUGCUAGCUGUGAUCUACCUCAACAUUCAGGUGGUGAAGGGUCAACGGAGAAUCAUCACCCUGCUGAAGGAGCAGAUUGCCAAUGAAGGAGAAGACAAGAUGUUUCUCAUUCAGAAGCUUCAUACUAUCUAUGGGAAAUGAGAGCACAGCAGGUGAAGAUGAGGUUUCUUGGGAGAUGGAGAAUAGAUGCAGUCCCUCCAUGUCUGUUCUGAGAAAUUGCUGCAUGAUGCUGAAAAAGUCAGUCUCCUGUUGUCUCUCCGUUCAGAAAUUUUCAUAGGGAUCCCAUCCACCUUCGGUCCAAGAACUUCCAUUCUUCGCAUUUGCUGGCAAUUCCAGCUUCCACGGUCAGGCAAAUGGAAAUUUCCUUGAGUUGCAUCAAAGGAUCCCUAAGCUACUUGAAAGAUACUGAAGCUGAUGAUUUUAAAAAGAAAAAAACCAAAUUGCUUGAACUUUUAAUGGCCCUUGGGCUUUCUGCCGUGGACUUGCAGUGGGCUCAUGGGUUUAUAAUAUGAAACUUAUAAGAGGUUGUUGCCAGAACCUCUUUCGCACCGGGGACAUCAUGGUUUGAUGCUAUUAAAAACAACCUCUUUUUAAUUUCUUUCUUUGUUGGUAACAGUGGUGGUGAACGUUUAUCGCUGUUUGUCAAUUUCUUGUGAAGAUAUAAUGGAUCACCACAGUCUAUAGUCACUAACUUGGGUGUCUCUUGGUGCUUCCAAAUGGCAAUGACAUCUUCCAUUUCUAACUAUCAUGUGUUUCUCCACUGCUGCUUCCACGUCUUUUCUUACCAGAAAAAAUUCGGAAUCACUGCACAAUGCUGCCAGCAGCAUCCUCUCUGCAUUUUAGCUCCUACCUCUGAACAUAAUUGUUCUUUAGUAUUAACCACCAUUUCAUAAAGGAAAUAUUAACCCUU